AAAUUCUCAUAUUGCAUUAAAAAUUACUAUUUCCUUGGAAGGUGGGAGAUUCACCUUUGGUGUCGUCGUUUUCAGACCUAAAUGUUAAUUUCCAAGUCGGAUAGUCCAACAGAGUGAGCGAAGAAAAUUUUUAAGGCAUGAUAAUCUAUCGAGAAUCAUCCAGUCUGUGACCUUCCCGAAAUUAUGGAAGGCCCAGUCGUCUCCAACAAUAAAUACUAAUCUCUCAUUCUAUUCUUUCGUUCCGUGGAAGAUUAGUGCGGCGGCAAGUGUAGCUAGAUCCUGAGGUCAAAGGAAGCCAUGGAUAUUGACAAUCUGCCCAAAUGCUCUGCAAAUUACACGGCUCUGACGCCGCUUUGGUUUCUUCAGCGGGCAGCUCUGGUGCAUCCCAAGCGCAAGUCGGUCAUCCAUGGCGCAAAGCACUAUACUUGGGCUCAGACUUACCAGAGAUGUAGGCGCCUCGCCUCUGCUCUUGCUCGUCACAGCAUUGGCCUCGGCAACACGGUGGCUGUGUUGGCACCAAACAUUCCGGCCAUGUACGAAGCACAUUUCGGGGUGGCCAUGGCGGGAGCCGUGUUGAAUUGCGUCAACAUUCGUUUGGAUGCGCGAAUGGUGGCGUUCUUGCUGGAACAUUCCAGGGCGGCAGCGGUGCUGGUGGAUCAGGACUUCUUUGCACUUGCGCAGGAGGCGCUAGGGUUGAUCCGCGCAAAGCCUGGAUUUCGAGAACCAGUCCUAGUGGUGAUAGCAGACGAGGCCUGCGAGAGUAGUAAUUUGGAAAGGGCGUUGAAGCAGGGAGCGGUGGAGUAUGAGGAAUUUUUGGGAGGAGGAGAUCAUGAGUUCGAAUGGAGGGCACCGGAGGACGAGUGGCAGAGCAUCGCGCUGGGGUAUACGUCGGGCACCACUUCGGAUCCCAAGGGUGUGGUGCUCAGCCACAGGGGUGCCUACUUGUCCUCUCUCGGCGCCUCCCUUGCCUGGGAUAUGGCUGACGGUUGUGUUUAUCUCUGGACUCUGCCCAUGUUUCAUUGCAAUGGUUGGUGUUACACCUGGGCGACGGCAGCGUUAUGCGGCACCAGUGUUUGCCUACGCCAGGUAACAGCAAAGGCAAUCUUUAGCGCCAUAGCGAAGCACAAGGUCACACAUUUCUGCGCUGCGCCAAUUGUGCUGAACACAAUAAUCCAUGCCCCAGCAGAGGAUCGGGUUCCCAUCCCGUCGGGCGUGCACGUGAUGACCGCUGGGGCAGCGCCACCGGCCUCUGUUUUAUCCGCCAUGGAAAAACAAGGGUUUCGGGUUACACACACCUACGGACUCUCGGAAACCUACGGACCCUCCACUGUGUGCGCAUGGAAGGAGGAGUGGAAUUCUCUCCCACUGCCCCAACGGGCCGCCCUCAAAGCCAGGCAGGGCGUACGCUACCUCGCGCUUGAAGGCCUGGAAGUCGUUAACCCAGACACCAUGGUCCCCGUUCCUGCGGACGCAACCUCAAUUGGAGAAAUAGUGAUGAGAGGCAACAUGGUAAUGAAGGGGUACCUCCACAACCCUAAGGCUAACCAGGAGUCUUUUAGAGGCGGUUGGUUUCACUCAGGGGACCUGGCAGUGAAGCACCCUGACGGGUACAUAGAGAUCAAGGACAGGGCUAAGGAUAUCAUUAUCUCUGGUGGUGAGAAUAUAAGCAGCUUGGAGGUGGAGAAUGCCAUUUAUGGUCAUCCCCAUGUGUUGGAGGCCUCGGUUGUGGCCAGACCAGACGAAAGGUGGGGGGAGUCCCCUUGUGCCUUCAUAACAUUGAAAUCUUCUUCUUCUAACUCUGCCCAAGAGAGGGAAUUAGGGGAGGAUAUAAUGAAAUAUUGCCGAGACAGGCUGCCACGUUAUAUGGUUCCCAAAUCAGUGGUAUUUGGCUCCUUGCCUAAGACUGCAACGGGGAAGAUCCAGAAGCACAUUCUCCGGGCAAAGGUCAAGGAAUUGGGACCCGUGCGUUACAGCAAAUUAUAAGGAUUUAAGUGGUUUGCGUAACAGCAAAUUGUAACGGUGUAAGUGGUUUGCUUUAGGAGUAAGAGGGCUUGCUUAAUUGUUUACUUUAUACUCAAUACUCCCCAUCUUUUCAAAUUGGACGAACAUGGUGCAUUUGGUGCUAAUUUUUGUGUUGAAUGUAAUUCAUAUAAAAUUUAUAUUUUUUUAUUUUUAUUU